AUGGCACCCUCAAGAACCGCUGACCCGCUUCCCAGCUUUGGCCAAAAGAGCGUCACCAGUGAACCUUACAAAGGACCACCCCGAAAUAUCAAAACCAUAAACGACAUACAUUUCGAUGCCUCCCUACAACCAACAAAUUACAAAAUCUUGGGUACCCACCCCGACUCCAAGAUCCUCUUUGAAGAUGUUUCAAUACUCGACUCUACAGGCCGUGAUCCUUAUCCGGGGGAUGUCCUCAUCGAGGGUGAAAAAAUCGUCAGAGUCGGCAACGUACCCGACAAGGAAAAGCUGAAGAAAGACCCCAAAGUGAGGGUGAUUCACGGGAGAGGACGCACUCUGAUGAGUGGCUUGGGAGAUGCGCAUACCCAUUUCACUUGGAAUGGUGGAGACCUGAAUAGGCUUGGGGACUUGGGCGUCGAGAAGCAUGUGCUAUUGACAGCUAGGAGUGCGCAGUGUUAUAUUGACUCGGGCUAUACCAUGUGUUUUGGGGCAGCUUCCGCCAAAGAGAGACUCGAUGUUGUCAUCCGAGAUGCGAUCAAUGCUGGAGACAUACCAGGUCCUCGAUAUCUGGCCAACGGCAAGGAGAUGGCUAGACGAGACGGUGACCUUGUGGCGGGUAUCACAGCUUAUGCCGACGGACCAGAGGAGAUGCGUGAGGUGAUUAGGCAUCACGUCAAAUUAGGAGUCGACAACAUCAAGCUCAGUAUGAGUGGAGAAGAAAUUACCGAGACUCGCUCAGCACAAGAUUGUUAUUUCACAGAUGAAGAAACAGCAGCUUGCGUUGACGAGGGACAUAAGCUCGGCAAGAGACUCUGCGCCCAUGCCCGCGCCCGAGAUUCAGUCACCAUGUGCAUUAAACAUGGAGUCGAUGUCAUUUACCACGCUUCAUAUAUAAACGACGAGGGUAUGGAUAUGCUCGAGGCGAAGAAAACAAAGCACGUCAUUGCUCCAGCCAUCAACUGGCUCAUUGGCACUCUAAACGAUGCAGAAGCAUUCGGCUACCCCAAAGCCAAAGCAGAACAAGUGGGGUAUCAAAGAGAACUCGACGCUGCUAUUCGUGGCCUGCGAGAGAUGCACCGCCGAGGCAUCCCCAUCCUUCCUGGAGGCGAUUACGGCUUCGCAUGGACGCCGCACGGAACCUACGCGCGGGACCUAGAGCACUUUGUCAAGUUGCUGGAUUUCACGCCCAUGGAAUCCAUCAUAGCGGCCACAGCUGGAGUCGCGAAGCUCUUCAUGCGUGAACAGGAACUGGGGAAGAUCCAGGAGGGAUUCUACGCGGAUUGCAUUCUAGUAGAUGGAGAUCCGCUGCAGGAUAUCACGGUGCUGCAAGAUCAUGAUAAGUUGAAUGUUAUUGUGCUUAACGGGAGGGUGCAUAAGGCGGGCAGGAAAGAAUAUAUUGCACCUCCUGUGGCGGGGCAGGAUGCAAAUUAUCACCCUAUCGUGCCAGACUUUCCUGAGGUCAAGAAAGAGAUGCAGAAGAAUUAUUGA